CUUAGGGAUUGGUGGAAUCAGAAUGCUGACAAAUAAUGAGCUGACAAACCCAACUGCUGCGGAUCAGCGUCCAAAGGUUGACGAUAAUAAAGUUGGGUUUGGCCUCCUGCGUGACUCUUACUUGCUGUAACAUUUGCAGUUGCUGAGAGGAGAAAUGGCGCAGCAAAGCAAUCAGCCGGAUUCAAAGAAAUUCUCUUGUUCCAUCUGUCUGGAUCUACUGAAGGAUCCGGUCACUACUUCCUGUGGACACAGCUACUGCAUGGACUGUAUUAAAACACACUGGGAUGGAGAGGAUGGUCAGAGAAUCUACAGCUGCCCUCAGUGCAGGAAGACUUUCACACCAAGGCCUGUCCUGGAGAAAAACGUCCUGUUAGCAGAGUUAGUGGAGGAUCUGAAGAAGACUGGACUCCAAGCUGCUGCUGAUGAUCACUGCUAUGCUGGACCUGAAGAUGUGGCCUGUGAUGUCUGCACUGGGAGGAAGAUGAAGGCUGUCAAGUCCUGUCUUAGCUGCUUGAUUUCCUACUGCGACAAUCACCUCCAACCUCACUAUGAUGUGGCUCGACUCAAGAAACACCAGCUGAUGGAGCCCUCCCAGAACCUCCAGGAGAACAUCUGCUCUCGUCAUGAUAAGAUGAUGGAGAUUUUCUGUCGCAGUGAUCAGCAGUUGAUCUGUUAUCUCUGCACAAUGGAUGGACAUAAAGGCCAUGAAACAGUCCCAGCAGCAGCAGAAAGGAAGAAGAAGCAGAAGAAGCUGAAGGUGAGUCGACUGAACAUCCAGCAGAGAAUCCAGGACAGACAGAAAGAUGUGGAGCUGCUUCAACAAGAGCAGGAGGACAUCAAUGUAUCUGCUCAUAAAACAGUGGAGGACAGUGAGAAGAUGUUCACCCAGAUGAUCCAUCUCAUCCAGAGACGACGCCAAGAUGUGAAGCAGCAGAUCAGAUCCCAGCAGGAGACUGAAGUGAAUCGAGUCACAGAGCUUCAAGAGAAGCUGGAGCAGGAGAUCAGAGAUCUGAAGAGGAAAGACGCUGAGCUGAAGCAGCUCUCAGAGACCCCAGAUCACAGCCACUUUCUCCUCAACUACCCCUCAGUGUCAGCACUCAGUGAGUCCACACACUCAUCCAGCAUCAACAUCUGUCCUCUGAGACACUUUGAGGACGUGACAGCAGCUGUGAAAGAGCUCAGAGAUCAACUACAGGACAUUCUGGGGGACACAUGGACAAACACCUCACUGCCAAUCACCGAAGAGGAUGUUCCACUGUCAGGACAAGAACCAGAACCAGAACCAGAACCAAAGACCAGAGAUGAGUUCUUAAAAUAUUCAAGAAAAAUCACUCUGGAUCCAAACACAGCAUUCAGAUGUCUGGAAUUGUCUGAGGAGAACAAAAGAGUGACAGUAAUGAGAGAAGAACAAUGUUAUCCUGAUCAUCCAGACAGAUUCAUUGACUAUUUUCAGGUUCUGAGUAAAGAGAGUCUGACUGGACGUUGUUACUGGGAGGUGCAGUGGAGAGGAAGAGUUUACGUAGCGGUCGCAUACAAGAAUAUCUGCAGAGACGGAAACUCAAAUGAAUGUAUAUUUGGACGGAAUGACAAAUCUUGGGCUUUACGUUGUCAUACCAACAGUUACACAUUUUUGUACAACAACACUGAAACUCUUGUCUCUGGUCCUCGGUCCUCCAGACUCGGAGUUUAUCUGGAUCACAGAGCAGGUAUUCUGUCUUUCUACAGCGUCUCUGAAAUCAUGACUCUCCUCCAUAGAGUCCAGACCACAUUCACUGAGCCCGUACAUGCUGGCGUUUAUCUUUUCGGCUAUGGAGUCACUGCAGAGUUCCUAAAACUCAAAUAGAGUAACUCCAGUGUCUGAGGGUUGGUUCAUGUUCAGUCCUGAUUUAAGUUCAUGAUGUACAGUUUACUUCUGUAGUUGCAGCAUUAAUUAGUCACAUGACGAUGGAAGUGAUUGAUUCUUAAAUGUUUUAGCCAUUUUAAAAUCUGCGUUCAGCUUCUGAAAUGAGAAUAUCUGGUUUUUAUCUGGCACCAGGAUGCCAGUGUUUCCAUUUUAAUAUUCUUUGGCCUUCAUGUGGCACCAGAAUGACAGUUUCACAAUUGUGUCCCCUGGAGAUGAUGCUCUAUAUACUGAGAUGUGAGGAGCCGGAAGUGCCUGGCUUCUCUUGGGACAGCUGACCAAUCACAGCAGGCCGCGAUUUUAACAAGGUGGGCUUAAAAACACUGGAGCUAAAACCGCGCAUUUCAUAGUGUAAUGAGAAUUCCUGAAGCAAUGUAGAAACAAGGAUGUCAUUCGGUUUUCAAACAAUAAAAAUGUGAUGUUGAUUUUCAUGAUGUUGAAAUUUCACAAUGAGGCAGACGUGUUGGUUCAGUGUGGAAGCAGUAACAUGGUGGGUCUCAGUUUAAAGCAUCAAGACACAGGAAGUGAUGUUUGAUGGAGGUUUGUGUUGAUCCUGACAAGUUUUCUGACUUGUCACUGAACCUCUGAGUGGCACAGUUUUUACCGGUGAAAUAUUUAAACCUAAACAAGAAACAGAAAUGUGCAUCUGUUUCAGCUUGACACGUGAAAUAACUAAAUUCAAAUUUAAUUCUUUGCAUUGUAUUAUAAUUAUUUCCAUGUUUUUUCACAUUUUACCUUCUCAGAAACAAUUUAGCAGCUGAAGAGUUGAUUGAAAAGUAAAUUACUUUUAAUGUCCUUCUGAAUCUGCUGUUUGCUUUCCUUUCAUUUGAAUUCAUGUUUCUUCAAUCUCAUCUUAGUGAUGCAUUUAUGGAACCAGCUGAGGUGAUGGAAAAAUCAGAUUUUUAUUCCACUGAGUUGGAUUUAUUUUAUUUAUUUAUUUUGUGAAUCUUGUGAUGGAAAAUAAUGAUAUUUUAUUGCAGUCAGUAGUCAUUUAAUAAUCUGACUUGGUGACUUUUAAAAAUUUGUUGAUUGGUUUCGUUUUGCUUCUAAACUGUUGACAAACUUGUGAUUCAGUUUCAUGUUAAUCUGCAAAUAGACGACAAUUAAUGAACAGAGUCUGGAUUCUGGAUUCCAUCAUUGAUGCUCUAAUUAUACAUUGAAAGGAUUAUUCUCGAUUUGAUUUUCUUGUCAUUUUUUCUCCUGUAAACUGUAUUAAAGGGGUUAGUGUUCCUUCA